CUUUCUACAGCCAACAGCAGUCGCCCGCCGCAAGGAGCUGAAUGUUCCCAGAAUUUGACAUUUUCAUUCACUUAAUUUGAUGCAAUGCCACCACAUUCAUUUCAAUUCUUAUCAACCAAGCAAACUAUAUCUAAUUAUAAUAUUUAUAUAUAUAACUAACCAUAUACCCUGCUCAUUCUACCUACCAAUCCCCCCCCCCCCCCACCUUUUUCUCGUCUAGUCUCCUUUUCGUUUCCUCUCUGUCUCUUUGUCUGUCUCUGUCUCUCUCUCUGGCCUUUAUACUCUGAAAUCAUCUUCUUCCGAGUUACUAAGACAAACCCUGUUCUUAUUUCCUUCUUUUGCAGUGUGAUCAGUGAGAAACCGAAUUGGGUUUGUGGGUAAGAACUUGGUUCUUUCUACGCCUUUGGUUUUCCUCUUUAGCUUGCAAAUUUAGCAAGUGCUUGAAUUUCAAUUUGGUGGAGCUUCAUUGCUUGUGUUGGAAAUUAAGUGAAGUGAUGUUGAAGACCAAGUCAAGGGUGUCCGCCGGAGUGUCAUCGCCAGCGAGACCAGGUGCCGGAGAGGCGGCGGGGUGGGAGGUCCGGCCUGGGGGAAUGCUGGUGCAGAAGCGGAACUCGGAUCAAACCGCCUUGCUCUCUUCCAAGAUAAAACUCGCGGUGAAAUUCGGAUCAUCCUUUCAUCAACUCACCAUUAGCCCCCAAGCAAGUUUCGGGGAGCUGAAGAAGAUGCUGGCCGGGCCAACUGGGCUGCACCCUCAGGAUCAGAAGCUCAUUUACAGAGACAAGGAGAGGAAUUCGAAGGCUUUCCUCGAUGUUGCGGGAGUGACUGAUGGAUCAAAGAUUGUGCUAGUUGAGGAUGUGACUUCCCGGGAGAGGCGGCUUCUCAAUGACAACAUGGACAAGGCGCCCAAAGCCAUAGCAGAAAUAGGCCUGGAAAUUGACACGCUUGCCAAGAAGGUUAGUGUUCUGGAACUGGAGAUUUGUGGUGGGAAGAAGGCGUCAGAAGCCGCUGUUGUGAAUUUGACAGAAGUGUUGAUGACAAAGCUGCUCAAGCUGGACGAGAUCGUAGCCAAUGGAGAUGCAAAGAUGCAAAGGAGAGAGCAGGUGAGGAGAGUUCAGAAGUACAUAGAAACUCUUGACAGGCUCAAGAUCAAGAAUGCAAGCAAUGGAGUUGAACGCCCCUUUCACCAGAAGCUGAGGCAUUCAACCAACUUGGCAACUCUCAAGCCCAAUGCAAAACUAGGAGCAAACCAAUUCAACAGGGCAACAAGUUUUCCUUCCUCAUAAUCUAUGAAGCUCCUAGCUAGACUUACCUUUUCUGUAGAUUCUUUUCAAUUAUAAAUAUAUAUAUAUAUAUAUGUGCGCGUAUAUGUAUAUUUUCUUCUUCUCUUUUUAUGGGCAUGAAUCCUUGUAAUGGAACUCCAUGGGGGUGGUUCUGUUUCUUCCUAAUUCUUUGUGUGUCCAGUGCUGGAUAGAGUUGGCCGUAAGAAUUGUUCCGACUGAAAUUUGGUGGGUGUAAAGAUUAGUGUGUAGCUACCAACUUAUAAUGUUGAAGACGAUAUCUUUAUGGAUUAGUUUUUGUAUUAGCUAAUAUUAUUUGAAU